GUAUGUUGGAGCAGCUUUGUCGAAGAUUGAUGGUAGCCCGGCUAACUGAUGCAAAUAUCUUCAUGUAAUGCAGAGACCACUUCUAGAGUUCCGGAGUGCCUUGUUUAAAAGGCUUGAAGAAUCGGGUGUCCCCGAUAGAAGCUCAGCUGAGACACCGGUGUACCCAAUUCGAUUGGGUUCAGACUUACGAGAAAAUAUGUGCAAGACCGGUGUGUAUAUCAUUCUUGGCCUGUCUCGCGCACAAGAAUGAUAUUUACCAGCGUGCCAGCUGUAUUUGGAUCCGUUCACUGUGCACAUCACAUUAAUUUUUGAGAUUCUCCUUGUCUUCUUCCUUUGAACUUUAACUUUCCAUGUUAUGUGAGGCCCAAUUACUAUGGAUAAUGGCAGCGGUGGAACCUAAUUUUGCCAAGUAACAAUAAUUGGUUCUCCCAGCGGCCAAGGCUAGAGCGACGGAGGAUGGACCCUAGCAGCGGUGACGGAGGGCCGGGUUUCAACAUUAGGACUGGCAAUGUCGGACGUCACUAGAGGUGGCGAUAGAUUCUGACUGGAACAUUUCCCGUAAUGGCCGCGGAUGUUUUCAAUGCGGGGAGGAUCGAAGAUUAACAUUGGACGAUAGACUUAGGCCAUGGUAGAAAUCUGUCGGCUGGCCUGGUCAUCCUCGUAGUGCUUAUAGAUCACCUCGAUGGUAGUGAGUCCUGUACCACAGCGACGAGCUAAGCAACUGUGGCGGUGGUAGGCCUAUAACACGUUGUCGCCGUUUUCAUCUCCUUGUAGCAAGACAAGUGGUGAUGAAUUGGUUCUUGCUUUCCUGGGUAUGAAUUCUUCAGGGAUUUUCCAUCUUUGCUUAUCAGCGUUAGUGAUCUUCACUCUCAAACGACCUCCUUUCUCAAAUCUGGUGAUGAUCGGAUGGAUCAUAGCGAACAGAGAUGAGCUGCCCGUGACAGAUGGAGAGGUAGAGCUUGAGAUCUGCCCGGCAAUAUACCUUAUAGAGUUAUAGGUCUGCCUAUUUCCGCCGAUCUCAUCGUCACAAUAUGGACGAAUCGGCCGGUUCCCGUAGUGGGACACGUGGUGGACGGCCUGCGGUUCCGAGUGAAAUCCGCCAUGAGCGGCGUUGUGGACUUCGUUAUGUCCUUCGUGCGGUGGUGGAGGGACCUCUUCUUCCCGGCCGUGGCGGUGGCCGGAAGUCGGGCUGCGGCCAAGGAUGGCGGCGGUGGUCAGAUGCUAGGACGGUGAUGUCGUUGCACUCCGGCCAAGCAUAUUAUAUUAUUAUAAACCACUGAAAUUUUGUGCAUAACUUUGGAAUAUACCUUAGGGUAUAUUCCAUGGGUUACCUCUAGUAUAAUUGAUUAGUAUAUGAACUAGAAUUUAAGGAUGGAAUUUAACUUGAGGAGUGUUAGGGGAACACCACUUGGGGUACACCAUGUGUACUUCAAGUCCAAAAUAGGCACACAUAAAUACUUUAUGUCUAUGCGUGCACAUACAUUAAAUAUCUAUAGAAAUCACUCUAAAUAGGACUGAAACAUAGAGAAAAGUACCAAAAUAUGACUUUUAUUUUUUUCCUCAAAAUAGGACUUCACAAUGUGGUAAUGUGACAUAGUACAUGUGUACAUUACUAUACUUUUUGGUAAUGUACAUUACCAUGUUUGGUAAUGUAAAUGUAUUUUAAGUCUUAUUUAAAAAAUAAAAAUAUGAAAGUCCUAUUUUAAUAUAUUUUUAAUGUUUUAAUAUUUUUAAUGUUUUAAUAUGAAAGUGUGCCUAUUUUAGGCUUUAUGUUCACCAAGCAUUUCUCAUUUAACUUCCAUCAGAAGAGGUAAAACACUAUUGUGAAUUACAGUAAAAUAGCAGAGAUGCCGUAAACUAUUACUGAGUAAACCACAGAGAAGUCCAAAUAUUUCCACUGAAAAAUGAAAAUGCUUUCUGCGAUCUUCAUCUUCUGCCUCCUCCUAUCUCCGGCGAUCGUGGCCGCUGAGCAGCCUCAGUUCGCCGUCGAUGGGACGGUAUUGGAGUUGGACGAUUCCAAUUUCGAAGCGGCCAUUUCGAAAUUUGAUCAUGUUUUCGUUGAUUUCUACGCCCCUUGGUGUGGCCACUGCCAGCGUCUCGCUCCCGAGCUGGACAAAGCUGCUCCUGUUCUUGCUGAGCUUAAGCAGUCUAUUGUGAUUGCAAAAGUAAAUGCUGACAAAUACAGAGUUCUUGCCUCUAAAUAUGACAUCGAUGGAUAUCCCACACUAAAGAUGUUCGUGCAUGGAGUUCCUACAGAUUAUUAUGGACCACGAAAAUCAGAUUUACUUGUUAGAUUUUUGAAGAAAUAUGCUGCAUCUGAUGUAACUGUUCUUGACUCUGACUCUGCCAUUAGUGACUUCAUUGAAGAAGCUGGACCUUUUUUUCCAAUAUUCAUAGGAUUUGGCUUGAACCAAUCUGUGGCAUUAGAUAUGGCUGUCAAGUAUAAGAAGAAAGCAUGGUUUUCUGUUGCAAAUGGUUUCUCAGACGAAACAAUGGCCUUGUAUGAUUUUGAUAAGGUUCCUGCUUUGCUAGCCCUUCAUCCAAGCUACAACGAACAAAACAUUUUCUAUGGUCCAUUUGAAGAGAAAUUCCUCGAGGAUUACAUCAAACAGAGUUUGUUGCCUCUGGUUUUACCAAUAAAUCAUGAUACAUUAAGGUUAAUCAAGGAUGAUAAUAGAAAAAUUGCCCUUACAAUCAUGGACAAUGAGGCGGAUGAGAAGUCUAAGGGAUUAAUUAAAACCUUAAAGGCUGCUGCAUCUGCAAACCGUGAUUUGGUCUUUGCUUUUGUUGGAUUCAAGCAAUGGCAAGAUUUUGCAGAGUCAUUUGAUGUUAAUAAGAAAACUCCUCUGCCAAAAAUGAUAAUCUGGGAUGGAGAUGAGGAAUACUUUACUGUAAGUUAAAAGUGCUACACAUCUUCAUUUACCUCAUUUUUAUAAAGCUAACUUCCAUGCACAGUGGAUCUCAUCUUUUGAGCUUUAUCAAAGUGAAACAUGGGAACAAGUCUGAGGAACCCAUGUGGCUGCACUUGCAAAAUAUGGUCAUUGGCUCAGAGAGUAUUGGUGAAGAUGAUCAGGGAUCCCAUAUCACGCGGUUUCUGGGAGGAUAUAGGGAAGGAAAUGUAAUACAGAAACACAUAAAAGGGCCAUCUUUUAUGGGGUUCAUAAACUCUAUGAUUGGGAUUGGGUCAGUUACCAUCAUUGUGUUUGUGGUUGGUGUGGUUAUGAUCAUUCAAUCUUUGAAGGAUGAACCUUUGAGUGCCGGCACAAGAGACCAGGCAGAUAGUGCAGACAACUCCACAUCAGAGCCCGACGCUAGAGAAGCACAUCGCUCCGGAGAGAAGGAAGACUAAGGUUUGCUGUUCUGCAAUAAUGGAUGGAUUUAGCCUUUGGAAAUCACCCACGAGGUAUUCGAUUGGCUUCAACAUUUAUGUUUGAAUGGAGGGAUUUUAUUAUAGAGAGAGAUGGUAUCCCCUGGAGGCACAGCUUCGGAAGCAGUGUCUCGUCUGAACACUAUUAACAUUUUCGUCUAAUUUUCAGAAAUCGUCUGCAAUGUACAUGAGUUAUAGAACAUGUAUUUUUGCACCAAAAUAUGAGAUGAUGUGAGUUGUUAAUUAUGAGUUUUGGAAGUUCAUUG